AUGACAAAAGGUAUUGAUGCCGUCACAGAAAAACAAGUAGAUGCUUUCUGUCGUCAAUGGAUGUUCGCCACCAUGACCAAGGAUUUGAUGCUUACUGUUCUCAAGAAAGGAAAAACCGCAAAGGAGAUUUGGGAUCACCUGAAGACUCUUUUUCAAGACAACAAAGGCAGCCGUGCUGCACAUCUCGAAAGUAAGUUUGUGAAUCUUAAAUUCUCUGAUUGUGCUAGUGUUGAUGAUUAUUGUGACAAACUAAAAUCACUGUCCGAUCGCUUGAGUGACCUUGAUUUUCCAAUGAACGACAAACGUCUUGUGAUCCAAUUGGUUAACGGUCUUCCGGAGGAAUACAACAUUGUCGCUUCAUUCAUACAACAGUCCAUGCCUACCUUUGAUGCUGCUCGAUCUCAACUCCGUACUGAAGAAAUCCGACGAGCACAACAUUCAAUCACAGCAUCUCCAACUGCCCUAGCUGCGGCUUCUUCUCCAACGAACAAGACCAGCUCUCGUUCUUACUCGCACUCCAGCAAGCGCAGCCCAAAGGCCCAUUCUGGUGACAGACGAUCUGGGCCUAACCCAAGUAUGUCUUCUAUUGUAACGAUUUUUUGGGCACUAGCCCAUUUUGGUGGGGGACUACCCAAGUGA